CAACACUUAUUAUUAAUUACUAGCUAUUCCGCCACAGCUCGCACAGCGGAGUAGUAGUGUGUGAAGCAGAGCAUUAAGCAGCGGGCAGAAGCGAGUGAAGGGAGCAAACAAUAAUGGCUUCUUACUUGCCAUUUUUGUCGAUCGUAGUGAUAUUUGGCGUCGGCGUCGUCGUCGUCUCCGGCGCCGUCUCUUGCCCGCCGUCGGAUCGCGACGCUCUCCUCGCCUUCCGCUCCGCCCUCUCCGAGCCCUACCUGGGGAUCUUCUCCUCGUGGACUGGGAGGGACUGCUGCUCCCGGUGGUACGGGGUGAGCUGCGACCCGACGACGGGGCGGGUGGCGGACCUGACCCUGCGGGGCGAGUCGGAGGACCCGAUCCUGGCGCGGGCGGGGCGCACGUCCGGGCUGAUGUCGGGGCGCAUCUCCGAGGCGGUCUGCCGGCUGGAGCGGCUGACGACCCUGGUGGUGGCAGACUGGAAGCAGAUCGGCGGGGCGAUCCCGCCGUGCAUCCCGUCGUCCCUCCCCCUCCUCCGCAUCCUCGACCUCCCCGGCAACCGACUCUCCGGCCCCAUCCCCGCCGACCUCGGCCGCCUCUCCCGCCUCACCGUCCUCAACCUCGCCGACAACCUCGUCUCCGGCCCCAUCCCCCGCUCCCUCCCCUCCCUCUCCUCCCUCAUGCACCUCGACCUCUCCGGCAACAAGAUCUCCGGGCCCAUCCCCACCAACUUGGGCGACCUCAAGAUGCUCAGCCGCGCCCUCCUCGCGCGCAACCAGAUCUCCGGCCCCAUCCCCGCCUCCAUCGGGCGCCUGAGCCGGCUCGCCGAUCUCGACCUCGCCGGGAACCGGAUCUCCGGCUCCAUCCCCGCCGAUCUGGGCUCCAUGCCGGUGCUCUCCUCGCUCUACCUCGACGGGAACCGCAUCUCCGGAAACAUCCCCGCGGCGAUUCUCGAGAGCAAGGGGCUGGGAAUCUUGAACCUGAGCAGCAACGCGAUCGCGGGGGAGAUCCCGGACGUGUUCGACGCGAGUUCCUACUUCAUGGUGCUGGACCUGGCGAACAACCGGCUCACGGGGCACGUGCCGCGCACGUUGGCGUCGGCGGCGUACGUGGGGCACCUCGACCUCAGCCACAACCGCCUCUGCGGGCCCAUCCCCACGGGCGCGCCCUUCGACCACCUCGAGGCCGCCUCCUUCGCCGACAACGACUGCCUCUGCGGCUUCCCGCUCGGCAAGUGCGCUUGAGGAGGCGGGGGUUUACUUCAGACGUCGAUCCACUUCGCCGUACGUACGAUCUGAAUCGAACGGUGUAUGUGUGUGUGCUACUUACUUUCCAUCGUGUCCGUGUUAAUUUUAAUUUAAUUAAAAUUAUUAUUAUUAUUAUUAUUAUUAUUAUUAUUAUUAUGUGUAACAUAGGAAGAAGGAACGUGGGAUGCACGUGACAUAUAUAAAGGGUGAAAAGAAAAGGGGAAUAUGUUUGUUCGCGCUGUUUCUAUUUUAUUUAUCAGCAAUUUAUUCGACAGCUUUUUUAA